AUGGCUCGACACGGUCGACUAUCCAAGGGUUGCCAGACAUGUAGGAAACGCAAAAUCAAGUGCGAUCAAGAAUUACCAACUUGUGGGCAGUGCAAAAAGUCAGGAUGGGCAUGUCCUCGGUAUGCUGAUGUGGUGGAACGCAUGUUUCAGCAUCAUUGCAAAAGCCACGACAACAAGCAAUCUAAGAAAGGCAAUUCGUCUACUGAUUUAGUGCUGGUGGAGAACCCAAAAGCAUCGCCAUUUUCUGUGUCGCAAAUGGUAGACAACCUGGCGAUGCAAUUCUUUUUUGCAGAGCAUGUAUUCCGUGAAUCUGGUGUUGCUCGCGGCCAUUUCGAAUUCCUACCUGUAUACACCUCGGAUUCUGAUGCUAACAAGACUCUUUCUGCGAGUUUGAAAGCAGCUACAUUGGCGGCCUAUGCUCAUAAAUUUCGAUAUCCAAUACUGGUGCGGAAAUCCAGAAUCUACUACGACCUUGCUCUGAAGAGUCUACAAGUCGACUUGCUAUCUCCCGCAGUGGCAACAAAGAGCAGUACAAUAGUAACGAUGAUGUUGCUAGGUACAUUCGAGACGCUCAAUUGCGAGAACAUCAAUAUGCUCUCCAGCACAGACGCGCAUAUGAGUGGAGCAAUGAAAUGCAUAUCAUUGCAAGUUGGUCAGAUACUCAAGUCACACCAUGGGAUACAAUUGUUUCUGCAGACAUCAUGGUGCCGCCUUGUGACAUGUAUACUCCGCUCCAGCCCAGUGCCCGAAGAAUUCAUUCAGACACGAAGGCAUGCCGCUAAAUUCUUGGCAACUGAUGACCCUGCUUGGAAGCUUUCAGAGAUUAUGGAAAAAGUGGCCAAAUUUCGCGCAGAAGUCAAACUGGGCACCGUCUGUAAGACCAUCGACAUCGUCGGUGUUGCUUUAGGAUUGGAUCAGGAGUUAUCAGUGCUUGCAGAGAACAUGCCAUUUGAAUGGAGAUUCCAGCGGAUACCAGCAGAGCAAGAUCCCGGUCGUGUCUUUGAUUCAUAUUAUCAUGUCUAUUCGGAUCUGUGGAUUUCUUGCAUCUGGAACUUUAUUCGCACUUCCAGAUUAGUCCUCCUUAAAGAAAUACGCCGUCAACAUUGUCCGGCUCCGGAUGUGGUAAUACCGGUCUUCUCCACAUUCAAUUGUGAAUCAAACUACGGACAACUGCACGUAAUAAUGGAGUCCUUGGCUUCUGAAAUCUGUGCGACUAUUCCUCAAUUCUGUGAUGACUUAAAAGGUCGUUAUAUUGAGGUAGCUACAACCAAAACGGAUGUCCCAACAACUGCGAGUGUCUACCACCUAUUCUGGCCACUGCUAAAUGCGGCGCAGACUACAUCAUUAGAUAACCGACGGGAUUGGAUCAUAAACCGUUGUCGUGAUAUAGGGCACACCACUGGGAUUCAACAGUGCUUCGCUCUGGCAGACUUUCUGGAGACGCAGGAAGAUAUUGACUCGUGGGUUGAGCGGCAAGAUGAAGAACACCUCUCAUCAUUGAAUAUUUCCGGAUGA